AUGGCAGCAUCGCCGGAAGCUCUGCCAGGAAGGCCGCCGGACUUCCGAGCUCCACCACCUUCUCCCGUCGCCAACGCAAGUGGUCGUCGAUCUGGUGUGAUAAACGACGACGAGCUCACCGAAUUCUUAGAGCAAUCGACUCGAGUUCCUGCUCUUGUCUUGCCUGAUCUCCUCUUCCCUCGACAAAUCUCGAUCCAGAGCAUGCCUCAGAUCGACUUCCGAUCAUUGAUGUCCAUGGACGACGAUAACUCCAUCGAUAUCCUAAACUUUCAAGAAUCUGCCGCUGCGAUCGGCUGUUUUCAGAUCGUUAACCAUGGAAUCUCUCGAGAUUCAUUCCGAUCGGUUUUGGUUGCCGCCACUGAAAUAUUCGGGCUAUCACUGGAGAAUAAAGCGCUAGCGUCGAGAUCGUCCGGAAAAUUAUACGGAUUCGAGGAAUUCUCAGGCGAUGAAGAGGUAUCUGAUGAUGGAGAUGCCAGUGAAGAAUUCGUUUGGUGUAGAGACGAUGGUUUGACGUCGGUAAUGGAGGGAACAUGGCCAAAUGGAUAUUCAAAUUUUAGCCAGAAAAUGGAAACCCUCUCCAAGGAGAUAGAGGAAGUGGCCAUCAGAGUUCUACAAGUGCUCUCGGGAAGAAACCUCGAAAAAUCAACCAAUGGAACUGAAUCCUUAGAAGGACAGGAAAAUGUUGGCUCAAUCUGUUGUCUUUACAGGCAUUGCAGAAACAACGCUGCAAAUCAAUGGUUGAGCUCUUUGAAAUCUGAUAUAAUUCGGAUGCUGAUAAAAGGAUCUGACUAUUCUCAUGCCUUGUGCGUACACAUCUGUGAAGGAGCUUCGGAUUUUCAUGUCUACUCAAAGAAAGGUUGGAUGUCUUUCUGCCCAGAGAAAGAUGCAAUCAUUGUCACAAUUGGUGAUCAAUUGCAGGCAUGGAGUGGUGGAAGAUACAAGAACGUGAUUGGAAGGCCAAUUUUCAAAGUGGAAGAGUCUAUAUCACUGGCUUUCCUCAUCUCUCCCGCAACCGUUGGUCAGACUUGCCGAAGGAACAGAGAAAAGGCCAUAUCAGUUGGCCAACAAGCAGUAUUUGCCAUCAUCUUCACCCUUUUAGGUCACCUUUUUAUCCACAUUUAUCAGAAAUUUUGAAAA